AACGAUUCAAUGACAGCAGAAAGGUUUCGCGCGUUCGUGAAUAGUCCCAUGGGGCCUAAAACAACUCACUUUUGGGGUCCUGUUUCAAACAUCGGUUUGCUUGCUUCUGCAGUGGCUGAUAUACAGAAAACCCCAGACUUGAUAUCCGGGAACAUGACCGUAGCAUUGUUUGGGUAUUCAUGUUCGUUCAUGAGAUUCGCGUGGAUGGUACGACCUCGCAACUAUAUGCUCUUAGCAUGUCAUACCUGCAAUGCAUCGUUACAGUUUUAUCAGCUCUCUCGUUGGGCUAAACAUCACGGGUAA